AUCCUCUACCACGCACCACCCCUUCACUCACUCUCAGUCACACCCUCUCGCGGACGCGCCCCCACGCGCACACCAUGGCCGCUGCUUCGGCUUCAUUGCUCCACCUCGCCACCCCCAACCGCUCCCCGGCCCCGCGCCUCAGCCUCCGGCACCCCACAGUCCAGCUGCUAGCGCCUCGCCGGCCCAAGGGCGCGCGCGUGUCGCCGCCGCCGCGGGCGUACAAGGUGACGAUCGAGCACGGCGGCGAGUCCCGCGUGGUGGAGGUGGAGGAGGACGAGACCAUCCUGUCCCGCGCGCUGGACGAGGGCCUGGACGUGCCGCACGACUGCAAGCUCGGCGUGUGCAUGACGUGCCCCGCGCGGCUGGUAUCCGGGGAGGUGGACCAGAGCGACGGCAUGCUCAGCGACGAUGUCGUGGCGCAGGGGUACGCCCUGCUCUGCGCCGCGUACCCGCGCUCCGACUGCACCAUCCGCGUCAUCCCCGAGGACGAGCUGCUCCAGGUCCAGCUCGCCACCGCCGACGACUGACGCCCACCGGCGACCAGCAGACGGACCAGGGCAUCGACCUCCGGCAGUGUGUAGUUCACUGGUCCAUGUGUCCCCAGACUUGUACAACUUUGUUGAUUAGUACUAGUGACGCGAGCUUUUUCGAGAAUAGUUAUUAUGGUACAUUUAUUUGCCUAA